GCUCCAGCCUCCUCGUUCGGCCCUGGGUCACUCUCCUCUGAGUCCUCUCGCCCCCGUUCCUUCACUCGCCUGCUUCACCCCGCUUCCCUCACAGAGCCCUUGGUUUGGGUCCUGACCACCCGACCACCCCACCCAAUCAGCAUCAUCAUCGCUCUUGCCUUGAUCCGCCAGAGAUCAGCCCGCCUCUGUCCCGGUCUAUCCCGGUCUCUCCGGCUUCUCCUACAGCCCGUGCCGGUGGUGUACCCGUGGCCUCCACUGAGACCCGUAGCUCAAAGCAUCUCAUCCGCGUGGUCUGCUCCGGCUCUCGAAUUAUGAACGACGCCCUGCCCAUCCCGCUCCCGCCUUCCCCGGCCACCUACUCACCUUCGCAAGUCACCUCCCCGCAAUCCGACGAGCCCGGCCCACGGGCUGACCCCGAUGACCCGGAGGUCGACCAUCGCUACGAUUCGCUGGGUCUGGCAGAGCCUCCACCUCCCCCGCUGACCGAGUCAUCGCUGGCCGUGGCGGAAACGCGACCGGACUCGCCCGUGAAACGGCCGGACACGCCACCCAUGGAUUAUGCCGCCCCCAAGAGCGUGCUAGGCUUCAAAGGGGCCAAACAGCGGCUCCAAGCUUUCAAGGCUAGCAAAGCCGGGAAUGUGUCUUUCGGAAUGAGCAAAGCCAACCUCAAAUUGAAGGCCAAUACGAGCUUUGACGAGACGGAGAAGCCCGCUCACGCCCGCAAAGCCAAGGAAGGGCCAGCCAAGAUGAACAUUGACAGCAUUAUGGAGGAGGAGAACCUGGAGAAGGCCAAGAGUCUGCCCAAUAAGUUCCUGGAGGAUCGCCGCAAACAGGUGGAACGCGCGCUCAACAAUAUUGCCAUUCCCAUACCCAUGUCCCCGCAAGUGAUUGAGAAACCAUUGUCACAGAUCGAUAGUAUCACAGCCACUGGUGUGGACACGUUUGGCUUUGCCACCGCCAGCCGACCUUUGGUUCAGGAAAAGUCGCAAAAAUCCCCGAGCCGACGAGAAUCGCGACGUAGUCGGAGUCGCGAGCGUAAACGUCGACGUCGCCGAUCUCGGAGUCGAAGUCGCUCCCCUGAAGCUCGGAAGCCCAAAGUCGAUACUAGAGGCCUUAAGGCCAUGCCUUCCACGUGGCAGGGUUGCAAGGAGGCCUCUCUGUCCAUUUUGGAACCCGAGUUCUUUCGCAUUCAACGGGAAUUGUUGGACCCCGAGACCCGGAAGAAGUUGAGAACGCAAAAAUUGGGUCAGAAGCUCUUCGUCAAACCCGCCGAGGACGUCUUGGAGGGCUUUGAGCGGGAUUGUGAGUGGGCUUUACGUGGAACACAAGGGAAGCAUGACACGACUGAGGUCGAGUUCCCACAGGCCGGUGUGAGACAGUGCCAAUACAAGGGUCAGGGUAAAGACGAUCCCGUAAUAACGUGGAGCCAAAACCCGAAGUGGGAUCUCUUUGUCAAAACGCGUCAAGAAGUGGUCGCAGAGUCAAGUGAAACGGAGGCUGCUCUGAUGAGCGAGUUUUGGAAUCCAACCUCUGUGAGUGAGUGCUCAAGUGUUUUGUCGGUUGAGAAACCGCACGAGAUCCGCACCUGGUUCCCCAAAGAGAGUGUUUUUUUAGAAAUGAGCUCGGGCCAUGCCGAUGAAGCUAUAGGACAAUUUGACAAGUUCUUGGAAUGUUUUGAUGUGGGCGCUUUCCCAGUCAAGGAAAAGGAAAAGACAAAGAAGAAAAGAGGCCGAAAGGAGAUGGAGCAAGAGUUGGAAGAAUUGGAAAAAAUCAUGGAGGCCAAAGAAGAAGAGCUGGAUUUAGCCAAAAAGAAGAGGAAGAAGAAGAGAAGGAAAGAUGACAUGGAAGCUCCUGACACUCCCGAGGCCAAAUUGGACAAGUCAGAGCAAAAGGAUGAAGCCAUGGAGGAUCCCGCCACACUUCCGAAGAAGAAGAAGAAACACAAAACGAAGGAAGAGGACGAAUUCGAAGAUUUCACUCCUGACGAAUCCGAGUCCGAAGUGAAGAUCAAGAAGAAGAAAAAGAAGAGGAAGAAGAAAUCCUCCAGAAAAGAUAGUGAAGAGGAGUGUGAUCCCAAACCCCGUCUCAAAUCACCUGCCAAACUAGCACAAGACAAUCCGUUUGCCUCUCGUCUCAUGAGCAUGGCUGGUUACCUCGGGGACAGUGGCAGCGAAUCCAAGAAUGAAUCUCAGGAGAAUAAAUCUAAUUCCAGUCGGAUGUCCGAGUCGAAAUCGAAGCGACGACAUCCGAGUGAUCGCUCCCCUCUCGCCCAAGCCGUCGGGGAACGACUUAGGUCGCCCAGUUUAGAACUGCCCACCGAUCCCCGAUUGAGGAAGCGCAAGUCCGGACCUCGUACUCCGAGUCCCGUUCCUCAAACAGAGACCCAUUUGGACCAUCGGAGGUCUUCCAAUGAACGACCGAGGUCUCCCAAUAGCUCGAUGUCGGACUCUGAUCUGCGCAAGCGAAGACAUGCCCGUACCCCUCCACUGCCUCCCUCGUCGGAUAGGUCUCCUUCGCCGUCCCCACCCCCGCCUAGACGCCGACCCCUCUCUCCGGACUGCAUUUCAGAAACCUCUCUGCGCUCGCCAAUCAAUUUCAACUUAGAGCGUGAGUUCCCCGAAAAUCCCGGAAGAGGUCGUGGCAGUUCACCCGGCGGAGGUCAAUAUGGGAGACGUGGCUUUUCUCCACGGGGUCGAGGCUCUUCACCCCCGCCCAGGCGUCCUCCCGCCAGUCCUGGGCGACGACCCCCCGAAUUCGAGAGACGGCCCCCCAGCCCUCUUGAACACGACCGAUGGCGACCGCCAAGUCCGGGAGCGGGUCGGCGGGAAUCCUAUCGCUUCAGAGAUGGGAGUUCACCUCGUCGUUAUGGGCGUGGGGGCUCCCCAUCGCCACCUCCUCGGAGUCGCUAUUCACGUUCGCCAUCUCCUCGACGUCGUCGAUCCCCGCCCAGCGGGUACAACGGACGUGUUUACAGUCCCGACCGAAGGCGGGCGGGUCGCUCUCCCUCGCCGAGAUUCUACCAUCACAGAGGCCGAGGAAGCAGUCCUUACCGAUCUCCCAGAGAUGAGUACCAUUACCGAAGGACCAGUGACGGCCAUUACCGGUCCGAGCGGAGCAUACCGGAUAGCACGAUCAGUGAUGCGGAUCUACUGGCCUCGCAUCGGUCGGCACCAUUGUUGGCGUUACCCAAUAGCUCUGAUCUGAAGGCAGAUUCACCUAAACGAUUGUCCCUGGACGAGCGUCUAGAGAAGGAACUAGGAAUCUCGGUGAGGAAGGACCCCCUCCCACACAUUGAUUACACCAAACCGCCACCAGGAUACGCUCCGGUUGAUGUUCGGACUACCGCCGGAUCUGCACAAUAUCAUGCCACGAAGCAUCCACAUCAACCAUCUGCCAACCCUGUUAAUCGGUCCAUCCCAGCCUAUCCACCUCAGCAAGCGCAGCCGCCUCCUCCGCCGGUGUCUGCCGGACCAACCCUGUCCGCGUUACCCACAGCCACUCUCCUUCCCGCCAAAAUGCCCUCAAUCAAGACCUCACGCUUUGAAGUCCCCGUGGAUGACAAUCGCCUGGUCCAGAUUGGAAACAUGGUCCAGAUCGUGCCCGAAGAGAAAAAGCAACAACUGGAACAACAGCCUCCCACCAACGUCGGUGCUGUCCCUCUUCCGAGUGAAGGCGGUUCCGCAGCCAAAGUAGACGCCAAUCCGGCCUUGAACAUGAAUAAGAAAAUCGAGGAAAUGACGAAGCGAAAAGAGGCCGAGAGACGCAUGAGGCGGGAACAGAGAGCCGCUGAGCGGUUGCAGCAACAGCGAGAUUCAAACGUGGUCCCGGAAACGCCCGUGGAAGCGGAGGUGAAAAAGUCCUCGGGUAAGCGAAUCCUCGAAACGUUGGAGAAAGAAGAGGACCAAGAGGCCAAAGAGGCACAGCUCUUAAAGGAGGCUAUCAGCACGGUUCCUGAUCUGGACGAAGACCCCGGUACCCGUGCAAUAGCUGUGGAAGAAGAGGAAGAUGAUGAUCCGCAAGCCAUGACCUUGAAAGCUAUGAAGAAGAUCCAGAAGGCCAAGAAGAAGCAGAUGGAGCAGGUGACAUACAUCUCGCUAAAGCCAUUGACGAAAAAGGAGCGAAAACGACAGCAGAGACUCCUAUUGAGCGGUGCCAUGGAGGAGGCAUUAGGAGACCUUGAGGGUGCAGGCGAGGAUGAGAAUGACGAAGAGGAGGAGGAGGAAGAAUUUGUCAAGCCCGAACCUGUGGCCUUACCAGAUGCCAGCACUUGCAAACCCAUACUGAAUCACUUUGGAUCUAUUAACAAGAAACCAAAGAAAGUGUUAAAAUAUGCGGAUGGAGUGUUACCGGGUCAAGGCUCGCCCGAUCAGAUCUCCGAGGACGAAGACGCAAAGAGCAAAACGGUCAUUGCGGAUGCCAAGUGCAAAAGGAGGAAAAAGAUCCGCGUUAAGGUUGUCAGAACAAGGUUGAUCGAUGGAUCCUCCUCUGAAGAGGACGGACCUCCGCCCCCACCGCCCCCAGGAUCUCCGCCUCUUCACACAACGGCCUACAUACUUAAGCAUUUUGCUUGGAAAGCACCAUCUCCAGCCAAGGCAUAAGAUUGUUAUCAAAAUAAAAUUGUUUGACGCGAACAA